AUGGUGGUUAUUGAGCGAACAGCUGGUGAGCAACCAACGACAUCCAUCUCUUCACAACACGAUGCGGCGCAGCAGGACGAAAUUGACGUGAAAAUAGCGCUCGAGAAAUACGAGGCUAGACGCAAACAGAUCGAAGAGGAAGAAGCACGCAAUCGGCGAGAGGGCCUUUUAUCGGAUGAGGAUGAUGACAGUGUGGAUGAUGUUUUUAUACCAGCCAGACUGCGACGAAAGGAGAAAAUGCAUCGGAGAGCCCUACUGAAACAGGUGCUACAUGCAAAAGGUGGUGCUCCAAAUAUGGAUACCGAAAAAGAAGACUUGGAAUUUCUGGAGCGCAAACGGCGAAAGAAAGAGGAGGAACGAAAAGCUGAAGAAGCAAAGAAAUCUCUGCUUGAAAAACACAACGAACUCGUGGAAGCUGAAUGUGGAGAUAAGGAUCCAGAAGCAAAAAAACGUGAAGAAGAGCAGAAGUUGUUGGAAAGCGUUGCGCCUGGAACAGGAGUUCUGAUGGCUGUUGCCGAGAUUGCCAAAGGG